AGGAGUAAUCAAGACAUUGAGAAUAUGAUUCGUGCUUGGAUGAGGGAUAACCAAUCUAAAAAGUGGUCACUAGGAUUACAAUUUGUACAGUUUCAAAAAAAUUCGUCUUUCCAUCGAAUAAUAGGACGAUCGCCGUAUAAAGCUUUAUUUGGAUGUGACCCGAAAAUUGGAUUGUCAUCUUCAAAUCUUCCAUCGGAAAUAAUAAAAAAACUAACCACUGAAGAACAUCUUGCAGACAUUUUAAACAAUAUUCAACCUGAACACGAAAAAGAAGAAAUUACAUCAUAUUGUAGCAGUUGCAAUACAGAAAUGAUAACUGUGGUUGAAUUUGCCGAAACAAUUAUUUGUGAUUUAUACAAAACUAGUGAAAAAAUAAACAAACAACGUCAACUUGGAUAUCAAGGACAAGAAAAAGCAGCUGAAAAAAUAUUAAAGGUGUCUUUUUAAAUAAUUGUACCUAUUUAAUAUAUUUUUUGUUUAAAAUCAUUGCAAUAUCAUUGUUUUUAGGUCAGCCAAACCAGGAUUCCUGAUUUACAAAUUGGUGAUUGCGUCUUAAUAACAGUACCUAAAGUAGAUCGAGGACCUUCAGAUCCCAACAAUGUAAUUGCAGUUAUUGUCAAUCAGAACAAACAUAAACUUCACCAACUCGGAACUCAAUAUGGUUUAGUAAAAGGGUGGUAGGUACAAUUCAGCAAGUUUGAAACCCGUGACAUCUAAUUUUUUAAAAAUUACUGAAGUUAAUAAUGAUAAAUAACUCACAUUACGUGAAACAGUUUCUCAUAUUUCUGGGUGACAAGGUUU